AUGAAUAAUUAAAUUGAUCCUAAAUUCAUUUAGCAAAAUUUUAUAACAGAAGAGAGCAUUGAUUUAGAUCUCCAUAAUAAUUUGAUAGCAUUUAGAUAUGAAUACAUACCAAAUACAAGUUUAAAUGAUUUAUAGAGAAAUUAAAAUUAGACUUAUCUGGUUUUCUUGCCAUAUUUCUUAUAUUAAAAUAACUCUUAAAAUAAUUUGAUUAAGCUCAAUGUAGUUGAGUGCUCUGAUCCUUAACUAAAUGGAUUUAAUUGCUUAGACUUCUCUUCUGUUUCUAAUUUCUCUCUAACACUAAGUGCUUUAUAGGGCAUCGUUUCUAGAAUAUUUAUUUUUACUUACCGCUGCCAAGACACUGAUAUUUAUAAAACAGAUAUACCAAAUAAUUGUGCUAGUUAAGAAUAAAUAGACAAUUUAAUUAGUAAUACAUCUUCUUCGCUCCAUAUAAAAUUAUAUACGUCUUAAUACAACACGAGUUCUUAAAUGGUAUAAGUGAAUUAUAGAAAUGCAUAUCUAAAUCUAUUAGGAGAUUAAUUUUAGCUUAGUAUUUUUAAGACGUAAAAAUAAAUGACAAGUGUUUCUAGUGGAGCUAUUAUCUAAAAAAAAUCCACCUUUUCUUCUCCUAUUCAAUAUUAAUUAUAGAAUUAAAAUUUCGAUAGGUAAAUUUUUAUUUAGAAAACAAAUCUUAAGCUCAUUUUGCAAAUCUCUGUAGAAAUGGAUGAAAUUAUUUAGUAUAGUUAAAUUUAAUAUCAUACAUUUCCUGAAAUUCUAGCUGUUUGUAACAGUACUUUAGCUCUAUUAAUGUGUGUUGGUAUUCUAGCUAGAAAAUUUGCUUCUUAACUUAUAUUUGAAGAUAUUUUCUUACUCUUUCUUCAAAACAUGUAUCAAGGUACCUAUUAAAAAAUGCUGAAAUUAAAUAAAUAGCUUGGAAAAAAGGAAGUCGCUCAGCCAUAAAACGAGAAACAAAUUGAAGAUUGCUUUGUGGAAGAAGAGUCUGAAAAUGCGAAAUCAAUUGUUAUUCCUAAUUUUGAAGCUCAGUAAAUUAAGUCAUUAACUAUAAUAAAAAAUAAAAUAGUAGGUUAAGAAGGAGAGUAAUGUUCUAUAUAAGGUCUUAAAAAAGAGUCAAAUGAUAUGACGAUGGAUUCAUUUAACUUAUAAUUAUGUAAUUAAUGCUGCUUGAAUAAAACUAAUAUUCAGUCUCCUCUAAAAAUUUCUGAUCAAGCUGUUUGUCCUGAAUAAGUAAUUAUCAAUGAAGAAAAAAAACCCAUUUAAAUCAUCUAGCCAAGAAAAUUUAGCAAACCUAAAACAUAAAUAUAAUAAACAAAAAACAUAUUUGAUAGCUCUUAGAAUAUUUAACUUAAUUAAAGUAAAUUUCUAUCAAAGCAGGCUAUAAUUUUUUCUGGUUGCAAUUUAAAAUAAUAAUAAGAAUAAGACAAAACCAAACUAAGUAAAUCUAAUGAAAAAUAAUAAAAGUAAAAGCUCAAUUAUACCGCUAUGUUUGACCAUUCAGUUAUUAAAAAGAUAUAAAAAGUUAUUUUUGGUAAAAGGAUUAAAAAAAAUGAAUACUUGUAAUAAUAAGGGCUAGACCCUAAAACUAAAGAAAAAAUUGAAGAGUAAGUUUUUAAAAGCUUGGAUAUUUUGUAAAUAUUUAAAGAAUUAAUGUUUUUAAAGAAAGCUGUUUUGGUAUUACUAAGUAAGUAAUAACUGGCUGCUCUUAAAUUGGUAGGUUGCUCUUCUGAAAUAUAUCUAAGCUAACUUUAAAAUACUGAAAUAAAACAAAAUAAUUAUUUUGAAGAUUAAAUUUGUCUUUUAGAAUCUGAUGAUUAAUAAUUUGAAUAGAUAACAAAAUUCUUAUAAAGAUGUUAAGAAUAAGGCAAAGAUUUAUGCUAAAUCGAUUAAAGAAUAUUUAGCUCAUUGUGUAUUUAAUUAAAAGAUAAGCUUAUAGAUUGA